AUGCCCAGUCCGGCAUACUUCGCAGAGGGAAGACGAUAUAGCCGCGUCGACCCGACGUACGUUUACCCGGAACGUCAGCAACGACAUCACUCGCAUUCUACUGAAGCGCGGACAUCAAACAUGGCUGAACGAGAGAAUGACACGGAUACACCUCCCCGCAAGCGCAUUGCCGUCGCUUGUGGCCGCUGCCGGAAGCGCAAGAUUCGCUGCAGCGGAGAUACGGGCAACGGACUUCCAUGUCAGAACUGCAAGGCCGCCGGCGCCGAGUCCUGCAUGUUUUUACGAGUCGCCUCGACAGAAGCUCCCUGGGUAUCUACAGAAGCAUCUUUCUCAUACGACCUCAAGGCCGCAAGGGCGUAUCAAGCCCACCUGGGCACCUCCCCCAUGACGUCGUCCCCACCUCACCACUACGCCUCCGACAUUCACGACGGCCUUCCCCGCUACUCGUCAACAUCAACUGGCUACUACGCCGGAAAGUACUACCCCUCGCCCGCAACUAUGCCGAGCUGGUCCGCCACGCCGGGCUACUCAGACGACGCCGUGGACUACGGCCCCGCCGCGGUGGCCACCAUGGGAUACCCGUACUCUUACCAGCAGGCCUCAGACACGAGCUACUACUACCGCGUAAACCCCGCCGCAAAGGUUACCGCAGCAGCACCGAGCGCGGGCGACUUAUACGGCCAGAACUUCUCCUUCACCGGCGUCGCCGCCUCCUUGCCCCCCGCCGGCGACCGUCGACUCCCCGACCCGGCUACGCGUCAGCCCAUCGCCAACGCAAACGUCCUAUCCUACCGCACAGAAGGCGCCGCCGCCCCGUCCUCCGCGGCAUCGACGUCGACAAAGUCGUCCGGCAGCCCGACGUCUCAGACCUCCCCAAUCUCAGACGUGACGAGCUACGGUGCUUCGGGCCCCGGCAGCUCAGGAAGCUUCGAGACGUCGCCCGUGUCGGCGUACCCGCCUCCCUCGCACACUCUCCCCUCCAUGACGCAGCAGCAGCGUAUGUCCAACGCCGAGUUG